AACACCGUAGAAGAAGAUGUCACUGUUUUCAAAAUUCACUUUUUUUUUUAUUUUAAAGGAACUGGUAAUGGGACAUUUUACUUGCGCUUUGAAACACGUUUUCAAGAGCUUGUAUUUUUUAGGCUCCCAAAACGCCGACCGCUGUUAUAGUGUAAAUGAACAGACAAAGCGCAUUUUUCCGUUUUUAGUUGCAGACGUCGCUGAAUCUGCCCCACAGUAAAAAUUUGCUCCUCCAACCAAACAGAAAUUCACCUUUAGUGAAACUCCUCCCACUUUUAUUAAAGAAAGUCGAAAACAUGACUGAUCCAGAUCCCUGCAGAAUAAAACAGGAAGACACUGAAGAAAAAAUAGACCUGAAAGAAGAGAACAAGGAGAUUGAAGAACUGACUGAAGUAGAAGAGAAACAUAAUGUAAAAACUGAAGAAACGUCCUCAAGUCUCUCAUUGAAAAGAAGAGAUGAAAUAUAUUUCACUUGUCCUCAGUGUGGAAAGAGUUUCUCAUUCAAGAAAAAUCUUGAUGUUCACAUAAAAUGUCAUCUUGAUGGGUUUUCAGAUGACCUGAAGGACCACCUGAAAAUUUAUACAAGGGAGAAGAAGCCUUAUGUAUGUAAUUUAUGUGGAAAUAGUUUUAUUCAGAUGAAUGUAUUUAAAAUGCACCAGAUAAGACACAGCGAUGUGAAGAAUCAUAUUUGCUCUGAGUGUGGGAAGACCUUUUUUACUGAUGGCGCACUGAAAGUGCACCUGAAAGUACACACUACAGAAACACCUUACAAGUGUUCACACUGUGACAGGAGCUUCAAAUGGUCAGAAUAUCUGAAAAUACACAAGAUGAUCCACACUGGAGAGAAACCACACACAUGUGAUCAGUGUGGGAAGAGCUUCAGACUUAAAGGAAAUCUUAGCAAACACAUGAAAGUGCACACUGGAGAGAAGCUGCACACAUGUGAUCAGUGUGGGAAGAGUUUUGGACGAAAUGGAAAUCUUAACAAACACAUGAAAAUCCACACUGGAGAGAAGCCGUACAAAUGUGAUCAGUGUGGGAGGGGUUUUACACAAAAAGACCUCCUAAAUGUUCACAUGACAAUCCACACUGGAGAGAAGCCGUACACAUGUGAUCAGUGUGGGAAGAGUUUCAGAAUAUCAAGUGUUUUUAAAAUGCAUCUCUGUACUCAUUCUAGUGAAAGACUUUAUAACUGUGACCAGUGUGGUAAACAUUUCUUUAGGGCAAGUGCCCUAAAUAGGCAUCUGAAAGUUCACACUGUGACAAGAGAUUUAAACGGUCCGUAUAUCUUAAAGUACAUGAGAGGAUCCAUACUGGAGAGAAGCUGUUUCACUGUCAUUCAUGUUGAAAAAGUUUCACUCAAUUAUCUUCUCUAAACUGUCAUAAAACAAAGAUGCACGUCUGAAAUUACAGUAAGUAGUUUGUGACUUUUUAAUAAACUUUGA